CAUCCAAGAUGGUAAUUUAAUUGAACUAUAUCACUGACGAGUUUUUUCCCUUUCGGUAUAUUAUAUAAUUCUCUCAAAUACGGCAUUGGCUUGUACAUUUAUACUUUUUUACAUGCAUCUCCCUGAAUUCUGCAAACCGUGACGAGGCUCCUUUCGCCAAAAUUAUUGCCUCUGUGGGUUUACACUCUGACCUCUAUUGAACAUACAAUCCAUCACCCAGACUGUUGCAUUCUUCCCGGGGGAACAGCAGCGCGCGCGGUGUACUCACUGGAUGUGUUUGGAGUCGCAAUCCCUGUUCGAGCGUUACCCCUCGUCUUUCCCAGAAAUGCAAUGUAAUUCCUCGUGCCUUCGUCGCAGUUGCACUUCAGAAGAGGGGAAUAAGGUAUUUGAAGUAAGGAAAACAACAAUGUAGCAUUUUAAUUACUCGACUAAUAAGUUGUUUUGUGUGAUGUGGAAACAAUUAAACGAAUUACGCCAUCGUGUAGUACUAUAACGCGAUAAAGACUAUAUCAUCUGGAAGCAUUCACUGGGAGACUAUCUAUCGCAUUUCACUCAUCGUGAAAUCGUGUUCGGAAAGGCUAUUGUUGCUGUGAUCUGGGCCCAGCAGUGGCAAUGCUGAACUGCCCGUCCUCUGAUUCUUGAUAAAACAGAGGUGUGUGAAGAUCUGCCCAAAUCUGUGCCCCUCUGUAGCAGGACUUGAAACGCCACUCCCAGGCAGUUCUCCAGUCUGCCCUCCAUCUCUCUUCUGAUGUAUUAAAGCACACUUUGCUGAAUGGUUUGAUGGAGAUCUGGUCGGAUGACAGCUGGAACUGUUGUCAUUACCGGAGGAAUUCUCGCAACGGUGAUACUCCUGUGUAUCAUAGCAGUGCUUUGUUACUGUAGGCUCCAGUAUUACUGCUGUAAAAAGAAUGAGCUGGAUGGGGACACAGGCUCAGGCUCUCAGCCACAGUUCGCCUGCAAUGCCUGCAGCGCACCGGGCGUGGACGGGUCGGCCGUCACCCCCCUCUCCCUGUCUCCCGACCCCGCGCCGCCCCGAAACUACUGCCCCACCUGCUCGCCCUACAGCUCGCCCUUCUACAUCCGCACCACGGACGAGAUGCGCAACGGCGGCGAGCGCAUCACCUACAUGCCCACGCACUACGAAAACCCGGCGCUGUCCCUCACCCUCUCCUCCAUGCACAGCGCCCCGAUGAGCUCCCGCAACCCGCUGGACUUCUACACCAACACACGGGCCAUCAGCACCGAGGUCUGACCUGCGGACACUUGAGAAUCUCCCACCUGCGGACCAGGCCGCAGAACCCCUGUCUCUCUGUCGUCUGUACCAGUUUAGAGUAGAUGCUGGCAGAGGGUUCGUCAAACCUUUGAGGACUGUUCCUGAGAUGCCUGGGGCUCCAGGCUCAAAACUUACCCUCUCCCUGCUUCCCACUGGAUCCCACUAAACAUGUGACAUUUUGAAAAUACAAAUAUUUAGAACAAUGUAUGAGGGCUAAUUAUAUUGUUGUCGUACCUGUAUCCACAACUUGUGGUUUUGUCUUAUCUGCUAACAAGAAUGAAUAAAAAGAAUGCGUGUACUUUUGGGUCAGGCACAAAAGAAAAUAAUAUUUGUCUUUUGAACAUGGGAAGAAAAGUCCUGAGCGAUGCCAUUUUUUCCGAUCAGCAUUUUUAACUGAAUAGUGAGCAAAACUGUACAAAGUCAACAUUUCAGAGCUUUCUCUAUGCAAGUACUGUACAUUCACACCCAACACAUGGAGAGAAACAGUGAACAGGAGCCAAGCAAUGCAGCUAUUACCUGCUUUACCUGUCUUAGCCUGCUGUUUAUUAUAAUAUUGAAGGAGAACUAAGAUAAGUUUUGUCAGGACACCAAUGGCUUUUGUCACAGACAGAAAGACUGCUGGGAAGUUGGAGUCUGAAGUGGCCAUUGGAGCAGAGUUUCUCCAUCUGGAUUUUGAGGGUAACAAUGCUGUUCUACCAGGAGACUCUUAGGCUAGUUUGUAGCCUUAAACAUCUGAUGCUGCCAGGAUUUCUUGAGACAGGGCACUGGAGCUAAAAAAAAAUUAAAAGAAAAAAACUUUAGAAUACUGUUCUUAUCUAUCCUGAUAGUGAUGCAAAAAAAAUGCAUUAGAGAAUUUGUGUUUAUUUGGUAAUUUAUUUGGUUAAGGUUGGAUGACUUUGGGAACAGUCAAUAUGCAUUCUGAAGUGGGAUUGUGGUCAUUUCUGGAAAGACAAAGUUUGACUGAGGCAUACAGUAGUUUGUGCCAUACAAGGGAGUACUCUCCACAGUCUCUCUUCACUCUCUUCAUUCUUUAAUUAGUCUUCAUAUAUUCUCUUUUUCACUCACUAUCUAUGUGUUCAUUUGAAUUUCUAAUAUAGUAGGAAUGUCUGCAUUCAUUUACUUUUGAUUUUUGUUACAUUGAUGCACCUUUUAAAGUGAUAUUAGACAAUAAUGCUUGCAAUACGUAUGGUAUUAUUUUUUCCCUUAUUUGUGUUUUUUCAGUGUAGGAUGUGAAGAACAUUUUUUAAAAAUCUUGACUGGAACAGCAAAGCAAAAAAAAAAAAAAGAAAAUAAAGUGACACUAAUAAUACUAUUGAUAUUAAUUGUAGUAAUGUUCUAAAAAAAAAUGUUCCCCUUUAAUUUUCAGUUUGCAGGAACCCACAACUCACCUCACCACACAACUACGAUGUGUGACCACAUACUGUAGUAACCAUUUAUCAACAUUCAAUAUCCUCUUCCCAUAGGUCCUGGCUUUUUAAGGAAACAUGUUACAUAGAGUAUAAAUAACUGUUAAUCAGUUAAUUCAGAUGCCCACUCAGCGUCCAAUUCUAGGACCUUAGCUCAUUGUAUCCUUGUAAGACACUGCUUGCCUGUAGCUUGGUUGUCAAAUUUUGUCACAGUUAUAUCUCUAAUGUCAGAUAAACACAUGGCUGGCAUCUAUUUCCUUUGGUUUAUUGUUUUUUUUUUAAG